AUGAUUUUACUGAGGCGGUUGUUGCUUGGUGUGAUAGCAAAAGCUCCUCGAAUGAGGGCAAUUGCUCCAUUAGUGACUCAUCACCUUCCACGACCUAUUAUCGGGACACAAAGGUCCUUUGUAUUACACCAAAUACGACUAAAUUCAACUAGCCAAAAUGGGGAGCAGCAUAGAUUGGACAAUAGUUCGCCGACAACUACACAGACAGGUACUUCUGCCGACCAAUCUGUCAAAAGUGAUAAAGCUCCCCGAUCCUCAUUGUUUAGGGAUUUACUUAAAUUGAUUAAAUUGGCCAAACCAGAGUCUAAAUUGAUUAUGUUUGCAUUGUUAUGUUUGGCAAUAUCGUCAGCAACAACCAUGUCUUUACCAUUAGUCAUUGGGAAAAUUAUAGAUACUGCAAAACCAUUGGACGAUGAUGACGACAAGAAAGAAAAGGGAGAAGAUUCGGACAACAAGCAGUUGAUUUUUGGAUUGACACCUACACUGUUUUAUUCCGCAUUGGCAGUUAUAUUUGUUAUUGGAUCGAGCGCAAAUUUUGGUCGAAUAUACCUAUUAAGGUCAGUGGGUGAAAAGCUAGUUGCAAGAUUGAGAUGCCGAUUAUUUUCCAAAAUCUUGGCUCAAGAUGCGUAUUUCUUUGACAUUGGUCCCACAAAACUGGGCAUGAAGACUGGUGAUUUGAUUUCGCGAAUUGCAAGCGAUACACAAAUUAUCUCCAAAAGCUUGAGUAUGAAUAUCAGUGAUGGGAUGAGAAGUAUCAUCAGUGGAGUUGUGGGGUUAUCAAUGAUGUUUUAUGUGUCAUGGAAAUUGACUUUGUGCAUGAGUUUGUUGUUUCCGCCUUUAAUUGCAAUGUCGUUUUUUUACGGAAGACGGAUCAAGUCAUUGUCAAGGUUGAUUCAAGAGAAUAUAGGUGCAUUGACGAAAGUCACCGAGGAGAAGUUGAAUGGUGUUAAAGUGAUUCAAUCAUUUGCACAGCAGCAAUCAGUGGUGCAUGGGUAUAAUAAAGAAAUCAAAAACAUAUACAACAGUUCAUUACGAGAGGGCAAGUUAUCGGGAAUUUAUUUUUCAGUGAAUGGGUUUCUUGGGAACAUUACCAUGAUUGGGUUGUUGGUAAUCGGUACUAAACUUAUAGGUAUGAAUGAGCUAACCAUUGGUGACUUGUCGAGCUUUAUGAUGUAUGCUGUCUAUACAGGCUCGUCGGUAUUUGGAUUGGGAAAUUUCUAUACAGAAUUGAUGAAGGGUUUGGGAGCAGCUGAAAGAGUGUUUGAGUUGGUCGAAUAUCAGCCAAAAAUCUCCAACAAUAUAGGAAAGAAGCAAAAGCUUAAUGGAGAUAUAGUUAUCAAAGAUGUGGAUUUUACUUACCCAUCGAGACCUGAUGUUAUAUUUAAAAAUUUGAACUUGCAUAUCAAGGAAGGGGAGAAUGUGUGUUUGGUUGGACCGUCAGGGAGUGGGAAGUCCACCAUUAGUCAAUUGUUAUUGCGAUUCUAUGAUCCAAACAAGGGCCUGAUCACUAUAGGAGCUGAAUCACCGGUUGAAAUCAAAGACUUGAAUUUGAACGAUUACCGAAGACAGCUUGGUUAUGUGCAACAAGAGCCAUUAUUAUUUAGCGGUACUGUGAGGGAUAAUACAAUUUUUGGCAAGCAAAAUGCUACAGAUGAAGAAAUAGAAAGGGCAUUGGAACUCAGCCAUUCAGUAGCAUUUGUUAGGAACUUGCCUGAUGGUUUGGACACCAAGAUAGGUGCUUCUACUUCAACUCAAUUAAGUGGAGGACAAAAGCAGAGAAUCUCAUUGGCCAGAACUUUAAUCAAAGAACCCAAGAUUCUCAUUUUAGACGAAGCCACUUCAGCUUUGGACACCAUUAGUGAGGAGCAAGUAAUGAAAAAUUUGUUGGGAUUAAAUCGGGAAAAGGGAGUCACAAUUAUUUCCAUUGCCCAUAGAUUGUCAACAAUCAAAAACAGUGAUAGAAUAGUCGUGCUUAAUGAACAUGGUUCAAUUGUUGAAGAUGGCGAUUUCGCCACAUUACACAAUAACCGUAAUAGCCAUUUCAACAAGUUGUUGAAAUCAAACAAACUCGAGUGA